AUAAUCUAUGUGCAGCUCAAGCAGGUAGGCCAGCUUUCAUAGGUCCCUGGGGAUUGCAGCCAAGAGCUGAGUAGAAAGAGAGCAGUUUCUGGAAGAUGCGUCCAGUUGCUACAGGCAUCUUCAAGGCACUAGUGUUUAUUUUCUCCUCCCUGUGCGCCUGGUAUUCUGGGUACCUGCUCGCGGAGCUCAUUCCUGACGUGCCCCUGUCCAGCACUCUCUACAACAUCCGAAGCAUUGGAGAGAGACCUGUUCUCAAAGCCCCAGCCCCCAAAAGACAAAAAUGUGACCAUUGGUCCCCAUGUCCUCCUGACACCUAUGCCUACCGGCUGCUCAGUGGUGGUGGCCGCGACAAGUAUGCCAAGAUCUGCUUUGAGGAUGAAGUGCUAAUAGGAGAGAAGACGGGGAAUGUGGCAAGAGGGAUAAACAUUGCUGUCGUCAACUAUGAGACAGGAAAAGUGAUAGCGACAAAGUACUUUGAUAUGUAUGAAGGUGAUAACUCCGGGCCAAUGGCCAAGUUCAUUCAGAGCACUCCUUCAAAAUCCCUGCUGUUCAUGGUGACUCAUGAUGAUGGAAGUUCCAAACUGAAGGCUCAAGCAAAGGAUGCCAUAGAAGCCCUUGGAAGCAAAGAAAUCAAGAACAUGAAGUUCAGAUCAAGCUGGGUGUUUGUUGCAGCAAAGGGCUUUGAGCUCCCUUCAGAAAUCGAGAGAGAAAAAAUCAACCACUCAGAUCAAUCCAGGAACAGAUAUGCAGGCUGGCCAGCGGAGAUCCAGAUCGAAGGAUGCAUACCCAAAGGGCUGAGAUAACGGUGCUUGGACCUCAAUAAACACGUUUUGUACAGAUAUACUCAGCUGAAUGUCACAGGAGUCUGAUCCUUUGAAGUCCAGCUGUGAAGGAAAGUGUUGACGGGGAUUUGGCAGUUUGUUGUAAACCACUAAGACACUGUUAAUCACACGGAUCCUAAGCAGCUGAUGG